GUCAAAGUGGUUAUCGGUUUAACUUUUGUCUCACUUUCUCGUGUGUAUUUUGGCAAAAAUAUUGUUUUGUGUUGUUGUUUUAACAAAAAAGUGAUUUUUUUCAUUAACUGGGAUAUAAUUAAAACAACGUAAUAAUUAAAAUCAACAGACAAUAUGGGAUGUGAUGGAGGCACAAUACCGCGAAGGGAUGAACUGGUACGGACGGCCAAGAAGCCUGAACAGAAAGACAAGGACGCUGAAAGGGAAUUUCGAUGGCUUCACUGUGCUCUCACUCAGCAACGGUUGCAAGAACCAAUAGUUAUGUGCGGUCUUGGUCGUUUGUAUUCAAAACAAGGGGUAAUAGAACAGUUGUUGGAAAAGGAAAAGAUGCCCGACUCCGUGAAACAUAUUCGCAGUCUGAAAGAUAUGAAAACAUUAAAUUUAACACCAAACCCAGUUUUUGCAGACAAAGACAAAACCGAAGGGCUACUGGACAACCGUCACGCCCCAUACAUUUGUAAGUUAACAGGCCUGGAAAUGUCGGGAAAGUUCCGAUUCGUGGCUUUGUGGUCUUGUGGCUGCGUAAUCUCUGAGCGCGCUCAGAAACAAAUCAAACGUGAUGAUAACGGCGGUAGUACAUGUCCAUUGUGCUUAACGCCCUUUGCCAUUGAGGAUGUAGUGGUGCUUAACGCUAGCGAAGAAGAAUUAGAAUUGAUGCAAGCAAAAAUGGAAAUGCGAAAUACAAAACGGAAGGCAGUUAAAAAGCUUAAAAAAGAAGAAAAGACUCAAACAACUGCAAAUAUUGGUAGUUCUGCAAAGCAGAAAUCAAAUAUUGUUGCUAUAAAAGAAGAAAUAGUUUGCGAUAAUUCCGUUGUAAAGGAGAGUGUAGAAAAGAAAGAAAAACCAGCACCAGAAGCACCCUCCACCAGCAAAGCCGCUGCUGGUGAGCAAAAAAUGAAAUUAGUUGCUAACAUGAAGCGGUCGUCUGCGGCUGAAGACGCUUUGGAAGAUCCAGAAUUGAAACGCUUAAAAAACAACUACAGUGUUGCAAAAGAUCCCAAAGCAAGUGAUGUUUUCAAAUCCUUGUUUACCACACACAAAAGUGAGAAAGAACAAUCUCGCGCACAUUGGGUCACUUACAAUCCUUUCUACAAUUAAUUCUACUCUUUAAAAUAUAGGUUUAUCUAGGCAGUUUUAUUUAAAAAUUGUAAUAAAACUAUUCAUCUUUCUUUUAAGCAAA